UCCUCUUUGCACCCCUCCAUGACUCCUUGGGCUCCCUGAGAGGAGGGAACAGCAGCUUUGGGGAGCACUGCCCAUGACACUCCUUCCCCUUCCUUCCUGGUUAUGAAUCAACGAAUACAGCAAAGGCUGCAGCUGAUCCCUACUUGCCCUCUGCUCUUUUCCUGUAGCAGCAAAGUGAAACGGAGCACCCUCAGCAAGAUGCAGGUGGAGAGACAGUAUCUACCAAGCACACCAGAAAUGAUGAAUUUCUGGGCUCGGAAAGCAAGAAGCAAAGGAACACUCUGUUUCCUCUUCUGUUUUCUACUUCUAAUAUGUCUUGAUUCAACAGGUGUGAAAGGAGAGAUCAGGAACAAGGAUAAACAAGAAAAUGCAGGCUGGUCUGCACCGUUCAUCGUGCUAACAACUUUGGCAUGCCUCCUCCUCGUUUUUAUCCUACUCCUCUGUUCCGUUGGCAAUAGACGAAAACAGGAAGUGCCACUCUUGUCAGAGUAUGGCCAACUGCAAGGCCAGCUAGCUCAUGCGAAGGAGGAGAAGGCUCAUGCGAAGGAGGAGAAGGGCCAACUGCAAGGGCAGCUAGACCGCCUGCUGGAAGAGCACAAGUUUUUGAAAAUACAGCGUCACAAAGUGGAUGUGUGCCUGGAUGCUGACACAGCUCAUCCAAGGCUGGAGGUGUCUACAGAUGGGGAGAGAGUGACAGACACUGGCACUGCCAGACAUGUGCCCAGGACAGAGAAGAGAUUUGAUUCCCACACUUUCCUUUUGGCCAAGGAAGGAUACACAUCUGGGAAACACUAUUGGGAAGUGGAUGUUGGAAAGAGAAGAAACUGGGAUGUGGGCAUUGCCCGGGAGCCUGUGGCUCGCAAAGGGACACUGACUCUGUCUCCUAAGAAUGGCUUCUGGGUCAUAGGGUUAGCAGAUGGGCGAGAGUAUUGGGCCCGCACAGAGCCUUGGACCCGUUUGGCUGUGAGUGGGAAACCACAAAAGAUUGGGAUCUUCCUGGACACCACAGCCAAGCAGCUGUGCUUUUAUAAUGUCAGCAAGAAGACAGCUGUGUACACUUUCAGCCUUGGUGGAGAUAGCAGCCAGGAAGGGAAGUUCUUUCCCUUCUUCUCAACAGGCUCCACUUCUGCAAAGCUCGACACAGAGCCACUGAAAAUAGUCCAGGGCUUUGAGGAGGAUCAUGAUGAUGAGUAAAUGGAUUACCGAUAUGGAGAUCCAGGAAGAGACUGCACUCCUAUCAGACAUCUAUCCCCAGCUUUGUGCCCUCCAAUCAAAGCGCUACAGCAAAUUCCUACCAGACACUCCCAUCACUGCUUGCUAAUCCUUCAAUGCUAGUCCUUUAAUGCCAGUCAAGAAGGAGAAGCCUUCGAGUUCAGGCUGCUAGCCAAUCACUGCAGUUUCCCUUCACUUCUUGUUUAUAGGCCAAUCACUGAAAACAGCAGAUAACAUCCGUGAGGUGUAUUUGUCCAAAAAGACAGCCCUCCUAUGGGACGGGAAGGCUUUGUGAGGAGCUUCCAACCACACUUCUCAACAACACCUCAGACUUGUAUGCCUGGACCAUCACAUGUCACACCAGGUCCCUCCCCUGCCAGGUCAAAGAAGCAGGCACCUCCUAAAAGCAGCUUGACUCUCCGCUCAUCAGUGCUGCAGAAACCCCCUUUGUUUUGGAAGGGUGUGAAAGCCAUUUUCAGAGAUUCUCAGAGAGUGAACAGCCUUCCCUUUGAGGUGAGAAAGGACUGACCUCACGCAUCAAAAUCAAGGUACGCGAGCUUUCCAGGUCCAUUAGUGCUCUGCCCAGCUCUCCUGCCUUCCUGCCGUUUCUGGCUGCACGUGUUCAGUCACUUGUCUAAUGCUCUCCCUUUUGAUUCAGCACUCAGCACUGAACCUAGGCGCUGACUAUACAAAGUGAACCACUUGAUGGGCUGUGAGAGGGAAACCAAGCAAGACUGCAGGCCAUUUGCACUCAUCCUCAAGAACACUGUCAUUUGGCAAAACCCAUGCAAAGUCUCCCUCGCACAGUUCUCCAAAUAGCCUCUGGCAGAAGGAGAAUGUCUUUCCCUCCCUCUCUGUUGUGGGUGACUGCUGCCAGAACACCCGAUCCCAAGGUGCUGGCAGUAGCACAAUCAACAGAGGAGGCACCGGACACACAGUCAAGCUCCUGGCAGAAAAAGCUGGCAGAGUGAGAUCCAUUUCAUCAAUCUCUUAUUUUAGAGUGAAAGGCAGCUGCAGCCCAACAUGCUCUCCAGCAAGCUCUGGUUGGCAGGAUGCAGCAACUGGCACAGACACAUCAGACCAGCUACAAAUCUCUGCUCUUCUGCCUGAUUUUGCUAACGCUGAUUGUCAAAAAUCCAGCUGUAAUGCUUGUGCCAAGUGCAUUGCAUGUAACUGGGAUUAUAAACAGCAAUGGAUGUGGGAAUUUUGUUGCUGUUUUGUUCCUUUGACAACUUCUCAAUGUCCUUUAAUUCUUAAGCAAGUAAAGGACCGUAGCUCUCGUACAGGUGAGGAAGCCAAGCAGGGGCCAGCUCCUCUGAUGCCCAUGAUCCAGAGUGCAGGAUGCAGUGGAGCUGGGUUCCCAAACACUUACUGCAUCCAGCGGAGGAAAACUUCAUGGCGUGUAUUUACAAGCCUUACAGAGACAUCCGCAAGAGCUGAUCAGCAGUCAUUUGCUAGAGUCACCUCCCCAGGAGAGGGCCGAGGGGAUGGUGAGGGAUGGAAGACUUUCUCCUUGAAAACUCCAUGACUGAAUCAAUAAAGGCAGAUCAUGAAGUGAACUUUAAAGCAAA